CACAUCUAACACAGAAAACAGUCAGCAGACUAUCCAGAAUUCUCAGUUCCUCCUUACAAGGUUGAACGACCCCAAGAUGUCGGAGGCCGAGCGUCAGUCAAUGGAGAGUGAGCGGGCCGAUCGCAGCCUGUUUGUCCAGGAGCUUCUACUGUCCACUUUGAUGCGGGAAGAAAGCUCUUCCUCUGACGAGGACGAGCGCGGGGAGGUGGCCGAUUUUGGUGCUAUGGGCUGUGUAGAUAUUAUGCCUUUAGAUGUUGCUUUAGAAAAUCUAAAUUUAAAAGAGAGUAAUAAAGGAAACGAGCCUCCUCCACCUCCUCUUUGAUGACAUCCCACUUCGCAGACAAUGUCCUCUGUGCUGUAUUUGCCAAUGAAAGUGGACGACAACUAUCUUGGGUUUGUUUUUGGUGAUUGUAAUUUCAGGUCUGUCACUCUUGUUACAUUGUGUACAUUCAAAGGAAGAGAGAGAGAGAUAAAAAAAAAGAUAUAUAUGAUAAUCAUUUCCACUUAAAAUAAUUUUUACUUCUAGCAGGUAAAUGUAGGUUGCAGCGCGGAGGAAAAGACUCCUUUGCGCCCCUGUACUUUUGACAUGCAAAAAAGGCUCUCUUAAUACUCCACAUUCAAACUGAAGAGGAAAAAAAAUGAAAUCUCUAAUGAAGCUGCUGUGUGUAUUUAUGAAUAUUAAUGAAUAAAAACUGCUUGGAUGGUUUACCUUUACUGCAUGAGGUUUUUUGCAGCGUGCAUGAGUUUUAGUGACCUUGUCAUUUAAAACGAGAAUUUAAAUACAAGGAGUAAAACUAUAAAAACACCUUCCCCUCCCCUCCCC